AUGUUACAGUUCAUCGACCUGUGUGAUGGCCUGGAUCUCCGUUAUGCGUUUGCAGUGCUCAGACUGACACCGGACAGUAGGACUUUUCUGAUGGAUGUCAGUGAGUUUGGCUGGAUUGAGACACUUCAUGUGAGGGUGAAGACCUGUGUGGAGGCUCUCUGGAUGAAACGCUUCCAUGCGGGCGCUGAGGAGAACCAAGGUCUGGUGGUGAGGGAUGAGCUGGCUCACACGUACGGAGACGUUUGCAGGUGUGACUCUCAGGCUUCCAGUCCUGAAAGUCAGGCUGCAUUUCGCACAGACGGUCCCUGUGAGGACGGCGCUCACAGCACACGGCCGAAAAUCACAACUUGGGAGGCGGAAGUGUCAUUUGAACUAUGUAUUUGUCUGAGGCAACUUGUUCUUUUGUUUUCUCAGGGUAUCUUUGUGCUGGGUCUGCCCUACGCCCUGCUGCAGAGCGGGUACAUGGGUCUGCUGUUGCUGGUGUUAGCUGCACUCAUCUGUAGCUACACCGGAAAGAUCCUGGUGUCCUGCCUGUACGAAGAGGACGAGAACGGACACUCGGUCCGUGUCAGACGCACCUAUGAGGACAUCGCUACCGCCUGCUGCAGACACAUCUGCCCUUACAUCGGGGGCAAGGUGGUGAACGCCGCGCAGGUGGUGGAACUGGUGAUGACGUGCAUCCUAUACUUGGUUGUCAGUAGUAACCUAAUGUGCCACAGCCUGUUUUUCCUGCCUCUGACCCCGGUGACCUGCUCUGCCAUCACCUUUCUCAUCCUGGUGCCCUGCAUGCUGAUCCGUGACCUGCGGGUGCUGUCGCGUCUGAGCCUCUUCUGCUCGCUGGUUCAGUUCCUCAUCACCUUCAUUGUGAUUGGCUACUGCCUCCGUCAGUCAUCGCAGUGGGCCAGUAGAAGGCUGAGUGCGGUAGUGGUGGACUUCGAUGGCUUCCAGGUUGCAGUGGGGGUGAUUAUCUUUAGCUACACAUCACAGAUUUAUCUGCCUACGCUGGAGGAGAGCAUGACCAACAGGCUAGACUUCAACAGCAUGAUAGACUGGACUCACAUUCUGGCCUGCGUACUGAAGACAGCGUUCUCUGUGGUGGCCUUCCUCACAUGGGGAGAGGAAACCAAAGAGGUGAUAACAGAUAACUUGCCCACUGCUUUGCGGAUGGUGGUCAACCUGUGUCUGCUGGCGAAGGCUCUCCUCUCGUACCCUCUGCCGUUCUACGCCGCAGCAGAGAUACUGCAGACGGGCGUCCUGAAACUAAACUCAUCUGCAGAAGGAUCAGAGCGGGGGACGCUGCUCCUGCGUGGAUCUCUCCUCCUCCUCACCCUCAUCAUGGCGCUGUGCGUGCCUCAUUUCUCCCUCCUCAUGGGCCUCACAGGCAGCGUGACCGGGGCGGCCAUGACUCUUCUGCUCCCAGCACUCUUCCACCUGCAGCUGAAAUGGACUCAGCUGGACGUGAGCCACAGGAUUCUGGACCUGCUGAUAUUACUGCUGGGCUGUUUCUGCAGCAUCUCAGGGGUUAUAUGUUCAAUCAAAGGAAUGAUAACAGCCUUUGAGGACAAAUAGAUAACAAAUCGUCCUCUCUGUCUGCGGUUCCAUUUGCUCUGGUUGGCGGUUUUUGGUUGUUAAUAAAGUUAAACGGAGCGGUGUCUGGAGGUUAAUGAGCCUGCUUUGCUUCCUUCCACAAAUCUGACUGUGAAAUGUUAUCUAGCGUCGAGUGUUGUUGUCAUAAUUCACCAUGUUCAUUGCUCAGGCACUUACCAGGCCAAUCAUGCAUGAAAAGUACACGAGAUCGUGUUCUACAGUGUGUUUAUUAUUCCCUCGUUGUCUCCGGAGCCCAGUAAACAACUUUUGACAGUCAGUUAACUUCAUGUAAAAAACAAAUCAUAAACAUACUGCUAGCAACUAAUAGGCUAUUAAAUUAUGAGCUUCUGAAACAGCA